CCGUGACUGGUGAUGUCCCCCGGAGAAGGAAGCACUGUGGCUACAACUGGUGAAUGAUGAGUGGUCUCUCUUGCUUUCUGGUUCAAGUUUGCACUGCGGGAGACAUGAGGAGCAUGUAUUUUUUUUUUUUUUUGGUUGUGUAUAUGUUUUUUGAAAAUUCAGUGUUUACCUGCUAGGCAGAGGGUUUGACCACACGAUUGCCUACUGAGCAUUAUGGACAUCAAUCUAGCACCACAUUCUAAAGGAUAUCGUCUUGUGAAUAUUUUAUAACGGAUCUUUUAAAUUAAUGGCAUUAUGAUCUUUAAUAUGCGCGUAGGCCUAAGGGUCUAAGUUUAAGUUAAUAAUUAAACAAUACCAAGACAGUCUCUUCUAUUACAUACUGCUGAUAAAUAGUUCCACAUUUUAGAGAAAUGGACAGAAUAGAACAUUCUGUUAGGUGCGUCUAAUUCCGGCACAACAGACUAUUUCAUUGGGCUAGAAUGACUUACUCAAGAGUAACAGAGAACUAAUGUUUUAACAGACACUCCAGACUUGGUGACAUGGAAACUGUAUGUUUAAUUAAUCAAAUGGAGACAUCAUUUCCAAUGCCUACCAUGAAGACAGUAUGCCUCGAUAACCACUUGAUCUCAUCAGGGUUUGGAGUUAUCACCCCUUACCAAGAUCCAGAAAGGCGCACGAAGAAUCGCUCGCCGUUAAAAAGAGCGGCAAUCACAGAUGUCAACAAUUAUAUUGGAGCUCUCUCCCCUUUCAAACAUUUGAGAAUGGAUCCGUCGGAAAUGUACAAAAAACACAGCUCUGCCAACUCUUGUAAAGACGAACCAGCUGAACCGAAUACGCAGACGUAUGUCCACCAAGAUAACAAAUCAGAAUCGAUCUGCGAUUCCGAGUUUCGACGUCGAAGCCUGGAUCUGAAAGAGCUGUGCCUGAAGCAAAUGCUGCAGAAUUCGAUUCUACAAAAGAGAAGUAUCGAUCUUAAUCAGAUGCUGGAGCAGUCUCGCCAGAAACUGUAUCAAUCUAUUGACGAUAUUCUUGAUACCGAUUUGAACUCAACAGACAAUGCCAAGAGUGUUAAAAACACGAUAUCAAAACAACUUUCCCCACAAAACAGCUUCAGUCUGAAUGUAGCAUAUAAUUUACCAAGGGAGGCAAUAACUGACAAAGGUUGCUCAAUGGUUAAUUCCCCUUUGUUAGCUUUAAAGACAUCCUAUAAUUCCCUUGGGUCGAAAGAUUAUCACGAACGUGAUGAGAGUGACGAUGAAGAUGAAAGAGAUGAUUUCGAAUCUCGCUCUUCGACGCCAUCUUCGGGAUUUAUCGACAUCGAGGCAGACACCCCACACGGUUCCCCACCGUCGUCGCCACUGAACCUGUCGACGAACACCGAGGCUAUUGCGCCACACGACAUCACGCAUCCAGGCUCGCUGUUUAAAAGCGGUGACAUAUGCCGUGUUGGUAUCGAUAGUGUAUCGAACGAGACGACCCCGAUGGUUCUCAAAACAGACAUUUGCGGGGAUAGCGUCAAAGUUAAAGUGAAAUCCUCGGAAAAAAAGACAAACUUCUCCAUCGAUGCUAUACUUCGGCCAGAUUUCGGAACUUCCACCAGUUUGCAUAAUGAUUCCAAAUUUCUUCACGAUAGUUCUAGCAUGCAAGACAUUUCUUGUCCGGUUUCUCCGUCUGCCUUCACGGCAGUUGACCUGAGCACGAAAACGAGGUCGGAAUCAAUGUCAUCGCCCUGUUCUUCAUCCUCUUCAAGGUCUUCCCCAUCAUCGCCAUUCUCAUCCUCAUCGCCAGUGUCCUCCCAAAAAAACUGGGACAGCGCACAGGAGAUCGACCCAGAAACACUUUAUUACGGAAGAAAGCACCUGCUCUUCCCCCACAGACUUUUCUCCGCCCCUACUAAGAGUGUCGAUAUGUAUAUGGGUGGUCAAUAUCCACUGGUCAACCCAGCCAUCCACGGAUCAGCCAAAGCUCACUUCCCGCGUACAUUCCCACACCUUUCACAGACAUCUCCGUCUUUCAUUAGAGAUUUUGUUGACCCUCGCAAUUAUUGCUUCGUCCCCAAAGUUGUCCCACAGAAGAGCGAGAGAACCGUGCAAGGGGACAUCUCCAAACUGAUCAACUGGACAGUUCAAAACCAUCUAACCGGUUCUCAAAAGCCGCAGUCGGCUUCUCAAAAACAGUCCCAGCAUCUGAAGCUUUCUGUGUCAAAUUCCAACAUAAAACUCCCUAGCGCCGAUGCCGAGCCAAGAUCAUUGGCUGAAAUGAAAUCUUCCCACAAGCCCAACACCACCAAAACCAAUAACGUUUCCGGGCAGUCCGAGAAUAACCAAGCCUCUCAUAGGCAUAACGUUGCAAACAUUCCCACCAAAGAGAAAGACAAAAGCAGUGAUUUGAGAACGAAGAAACAAAAGGACAAUAACUCAGAUAAAACAGAUUCCAAAGAAAAGGGACAGAAUCCCCUUUGGCCUGCCUGGGUCUUUUGUACACGAUAUUCAGACAGACCUUCAUCUGGCCCAAGGUCAAGGAAGCCAAAACGGAACAAGGCACAAGACGAGAAGAGGCCCAGGACUGCUUUCACCAACGAUCAACUCCAAAGGCUGAAGAGAGAAUUUGAUGAUUGCAGGUACCUGACGGAGACUCGCAGGAAAAAUCUAGCAGACGAACUCGGCCUGACGGAAUCUCAGAUCAAGAUUUGGUUUCAGAACAAGCGCGCAAAGAUCAAGAAGACAGUCGGCUCCAGAAACCCGUUGGCCUUACAGUUGAUGGAACAAGGACUAUACAACCACUCCACCGUCAAAGAUUUCCUUAACCAAGAGACGUCUAAAGAUACAUCAUCAGAUGCUGGAGAAGAGUCCAGCUAGUUACUUGAUCUAGAUCGAAACUAUCCGAUCUAUAAGUAUAGGUCGAACAAACAAGACACCGACUCCCGAUGAUUAAUGUUGUCUCUUACAAACGUAACAGGGCUGCGGUGGCUGAGUGGUAGAGCACUUGGUUCCCGAACCGAGGGGUUCCGAGAUCAAAUCUCGGUGAAGACUGGGAUUUUGAAUUUUGUGGAUUUUUAGGACCACCUCUUAGUCCCCCAAACUCUAUUAGGUAUCUGACAUUAGUCGGUUGGUCGUUGUGCUGGUCACAUAACACCCUUAUUAACCGCCGGCCAUUGAAAUAGACGAUCUUUACAUCUUCUGCCCUAUAGAUCGCAAGGUCUGAAAGGAAGACUUAUAAAUGUAACAUUUUUCUGUUUUGAUUUUUCUUGUUCAAUAAAAAUAGUUCCCAAUUUAAAGUCCUGCAUGCAGCCAUUGCAUCGAUGUUAUUAGAUUUGCUUUUUAGUUUGUUUGUCAAGAAAAUAUGAAACAAUGUAUAUAUAUACUUAAAGUGAUAUAAAAAGUAUGAUUGACGAAUCAUCCACGAAUGAUUGUAGCAUGAAUGACACAUGGCUAAUGUAAUGCUUAAUUUGAAAUGUAAAAUUGCCUUCGAAAAAAAGAAAACUUUUUAAUAGGGAAUGAUUUGUUAAAAGAAAACAACAGCAGACUAAAUUCAUUAGGCGCUAACUAUUUUUUUGUUUCAGGAAAAGUAAUUAUACUCUGCUAUUGUAAACUUUUGUAUAUUUGCCAUUCUGUUAUAUCCAAUUAAGAAAAUCUUAUAUCUCUCAUCCUCUUUCAGCUUGAAGUUUUAAAAAAAGUUUAUGAGUUGGUGCAUAGAUAUAUUUUCAUUAAUUAUGUCUUUGCAUAUUUAAUUUUUUGUUUUAUGUGUAAACAAAAAUUAAUUUUAAAAAAGAAAAAAAAAUCAAUAAAGC